AUGCUCGCCCGGGUCACUUUGCUUGCGAUACAUGUUCUCUCGGCCGAAGGAGCACUCUACUACCCUGACGCUCGAACGUCAUUUCUCGAGCACAUCCUUGUGGACAACUGGGGAGCAUAUGCCUCCAAUUUCUCCUCCGCCAUUACUCCUUGCGCACGAUACGUUACGCAGACUGGCGACGCAGCGCUGAAGAGUGGCCGCACGACCGCAGCACAAUGGAUCCGGGUGCUCUUUCACGACAUGAUCACCGCCAAUGUUACGGCAGGUACCGGUGGUGUGGAUGCAAGCAUUGGGUUUGAGACGGCGAGGGGUGAGAAGUCUGGAAGUGCUUUCAAUGACUCUUUCACGUUUUGGCGGCCAUUCGUGAACGAUGCAGUGUCUAUGGCCGAUCUCGUCGCUCUUGGCACGGUCAUGUCGGAUAAUCUUUGUGGCGGUCGCAUGAUGCAAUACAAGGCAGGUCGAGUCGAUGCAUCGUCGGCAGGCUUGACGACAGGUGUGCCGGCGCCAGAGACUGACCUAGACACCACUUUGCUGUACUUCGAGCGCGCAGGCUUCGACAGGGCAGAUGCAAUUGGUCUUACUGCUUGUGGCCAUACCCUGAGCUCCGUACAUCAUGGUGGCAUCCCGGACGUGGUCGAUGCAACGGCUGUGACUCCGAACAAUAGUAAUGGCGGCGCUGACUUCGACUCAACAAGAGGUGUAUUUGGUCCACUUGUCGUUCAAGAGUACGUCUCCUGGGCUGGCCAGAAGGGUGGGCCACUGGUGACCACAAGUAAUAUCAGUACUCAAUCAGAUCGACGAUUGUACGAGAGCGACAACAAUGCCACCAUGCAGGCGCUCCUGGCUCAAGGACCAGAUUUCCUGGACACCUGCGUAUCGCUCAUGGGCCGAGCUAUUGACACGAUGCCGUAUUCGGUGAACCUAAGAUCUCCGAUUACCCCUAUGGCCAUCAAGCCAGUGAACGUAACGUACGAUUUCGGUGUAGAUGGAAAGCUGAAGCUGUCUGGCAACAUCAGGGUCCUCUCAGCUGCAGGAGCAUCCUCACCGUCCUCGUUGGACCUUUCUAUCAAUGGAUAUCAUGCCAGCCUCACCGCAGAAGAUUCGACUGGAAGUUCGGUCUUCGGCACAACAGCAUACUUUCCGUUCUCGGUAUCCAGUGACCUGAUCCGCAACGCUCCUUCCUUUUCGGUCUCAGCAACCAGCUUUGCGCUACAAGGUCAGAUAUUCGUGGCGCCCAGCAUGACCACAAUUACGGGAGCAACUGUGAAUGCCACUAUUGCAUCGUCCGGCCACGCAUGCAGCUCUCUCUCAAUUGAGGUUCACUCACCAAACCGGCAAGGUUAUACUCUGGCACCAAAGGUAAUGCAGGCGGGUGGCAACCUCACUGCAGUGGCUCCUCGGAUAGAUGGUUGUGGACUUUGUCGAGCAGUCAUGCAACUUGCAGAUAUACCCACCGACUCAAUCGCUGUCAAUGCUCUGGUCAGUGGUGGUGUUGUGGACACACUUUUUCAGAAUGGCGGAGCCGUAGGGUGGUAG